AUGCCUGGAUUAGACAGAAAGUUGGUACAACACAAGCUACCAAUCAAAGAAGGCUACCUUCCAGUCAAGCAGGCCAGAAGAAGAAUGUCUAUGGAAACAGAACUGAAAGUCAGGGAAAAAAUAGAAAGAUUGCUCAAGGCAGGAUUCAUCAGACCAGCCAUUUACGCUGAUUGGCUAGCCAAUAUUGUGCCAGUUCUGAAAAGAAAAACUGGGGCAGUUAGGAUAUGUGUGGAUUACAGGAAUCUAAAUUAA